AAUGUUGAAGGAAUAACAAAGAGGGAUCUAUGAUCGGUUGUACACAUAUAUACGCGAUACAUGUAAAUUCUUGGCCCCCCUCCCUUGCUGGUGAUACUCUGCUUUCCUUGUCGCCCAUGAAAGGAAUCCAAGUUUGAAAAGAAAAGGGAAGAAUAAAGCAAAAAAAUGUAUGGACAAAAGGAAGCUUUUACCCUAAGAACGCACCUAUUCCCUCUUGCACUAUAUAUGUUAUUCAUCUAAAUGCCUGGCCCUGCUUAAAGAUAUAGUAACAAAGCAAGGGAAGUCCCCAUCCUUUCCUCUAAAAUCAUCUCCUAGUCAAGCUCUGAAUUCCCAAAAUGGCCAAAAAUAUUGGCAUUCUUGUCUGUGUUUUGAUCAUGGUCUUGGACAUCGCUGCCGGGAUACUUGGCAUUGAGGCUGAAGUCUCUCAAGGCAAGGUGAAACAUAUGAAGAUGUGGAUUUUUGAGUGCAGAGAGCCAAGCUAUACGGCUUACAAGCUAGGAUUGGCUGCAGCCAUACUUCUAGCCCUGGCUCAUACCAUUGCUAACAUCCUUGGUGGGUGCAUUUGCGUUUCGUCCAAGGCAGAUUACACAAACGCCUCAGCCAACAAGCAAUUAGCCGUUGCUUCCCUCGUUUUCUCUUGGCUCAUAUUAGCCGUUGGAUUCUCGAUGCUCAUCAUAGGAACAAUGGCAAACUCAACAUCAAGAAAAUCCUGUGGGUUUCCACACCGCCGCCUUCUGUCUAUAGGAGGGAUUCUAUGCUUUCUUCAUGGAAUGAUCACAGUCGCCUAUUAUGUGUCCGCCACUGCUGCACACAGAGAAAUAGAAAAGCAUAGAAACCCUACUCCACGUCUUUCAUCUCCUGCUUGAAAUUCUUAUUUCCCUAUUAUCUGCUGGUACACAUAAUUGUUCAAGACAUUAUUUGUGGUUUUUGUCGUGUGUUUGUAUGAAUCAAUUUUUAAAAUUUAAAUCAUAAUUUAUCGGUGCCAAUACCAUGUGAUUGAUAGUCAUAAUACUGAUUUCAUUUCUCUAAAUGGGCGAAGUACAAAGAAUCUAAACCUAAAAGCAAAAUUACAAGAGUGAUUAUUUCUUUAGC